CAAAGAGGGCUGCGGGCACCAGCGCGGGAUUUAUCCUCGAGUUUGUCGGCAAGAGUUCAGCCGGCUCUGAGGCAGGGAUUGCAUCAUGCAGCACCACAGCAGGUCCUGCAGUGAUGUUGUCACGCAAACACCAGGAACUCUGGCCUGCGGAAUUUUCCUGAAGGACGCUGAAGCUGGAGCUGCCGUCUCAUCCCAGCCGUGCACCCCCAGUUCUGCUGCCUGCGGGGGCUGUCGGGGCCGGGCCACAGCCCGCGGUGCCGGGGGUCCGUGCGGGUUUCGGAGGGGCUUCGGGAGCCAUCUGCUGUCAUCAGCCCAGAUUACAGCGAGGGGCACCAGAAAGGCUCCGCUCCCUCCCACCCGCGCACGGACGAGCUUGAGCGCACCUUCCCGGGAUGGCUGAGGUUGGAAAAGACCUCCCAGAUCAUCGAGUCCAACCUGUGACCGAUCCCCACCUUGUCAACCUGUCCAGAGCACUGAGUGCCAUGUAGAGUCAUUCCUUGGACACCUCCAGGGAUGGGGACUCCACCACCUCCCUGAGCAGAUACUGCCAAUGUCUAAUCACCCUUUCAGUGAAGAAACUCCUCCUGAGAAAAUACCCAAAUUUAAAUACAAGCAGAAAUAAGAGCCCCUCAGGGAGAUCACCACCUCACCCAGAAGGACUCGGGGUUCUCCAUAGGGAACACAGUGCUUCCAACACAUGGAAUGACUGCACUUGAGGGUCUGCACUGAGCAGAGAUGGCAUUCCAGCCCCCCCAAACCCAUCGGGCAUUAAUCCCAGCUCUCACAGGCCCAGGUGGAAGCAGCAGGGCACUCGCCCCCCUGCUCGGAGCUGCAGGGUGCGUGGCAGGGGACGGGGAAGUGCUGGGUGCUCGCAGUGCUUUGGGAACUGUGAGGCUUUGUUCCUCUGCAGGCAGCAGAGUGGCACAGGGCCUGGCAUGGCACUGUGCCCGUGUCCCAGCCUGCCGCUGACCCUGGCAUGACGAGUGUGCGAGCCACACCAGAGUGUGCAACCCCGGUGGGCUCAGGAUGGGGAGGGUGAGAGCCCCAGGGCUUCAGCACGGCGCGUGUGCAAGGCACAGCCUGCCAGCGAGGAGCGUGAGUGUGCAAGGUGAACCCCUCUGCCGGCACCGUGAGCGUGCAGGGCACGUCCUUCUCCAGCACGGGGGACAGUGCCAUGGCUGAGAAGAUGCCACCGAGCCCCGGCGGGGGCAUCACGCCGCUGCAGCAGAUGCUGGCCUCAGGGACAGGUGCCAUCCUCACCUCCCUCUUCGUGACGCCGCUGGACGUGGUGAAGAUCCGGCUGCAGGCCCAGAGGACCCCCUUCUCCAAAGGGAAGUGUUUCCUCUACUGCAACGGGCUCAUGGACCACCUGUACGUCUGCCAGAACGGCAACGGCUGCACCGCCUGGUACAAGGCCCCCGGCCACUUCACCGGCACGCUGGAUGCCUUUGUGAAGAUCACACGCUAUGAGGGCAUCAGAUCUCUGUGGAGCGGCUUGCCCCCCACCCUGGUCAUGGCCGUGCCAGCCACCGUCAUUUACUUCACCACCUAUGACCAGCUCCGGGACUACCUGCACGCCCGGAUGGGGAGCUGGAACCACUACAUCCCCUUGCUGGCUGGGGCCCUCGCCAGGCUGGGUGCUGUGACAGUCAUCAGCCCCCUGGAGCUGAUCCGCACCAAGAUGCAGUCCCAGCAGCUCAGCUACCGCGAGCUGCGCGUCUGCAUCCAGUCAGCAGUGGCCCAGGACGGCUGGCUGUCCCUCUGGAGAGGCUGGGGACCCACCGUGCUGCGGGACGUCCCCUUCUCGGCUCUGUACUGGUUUAACUACGAGCUGGUGAGGACGUGGCUCUGCAGGCAGGCCUGGCUGGACGGGGCCACGUUCAUGGUCAGCUUCACAUCCGGGGCCAUCUCUGGCACGGUGGCCGCGGUGCUGACGCUGCCCUUCGACGUGGUCAAAACCCAGCGGCAGAUCGAGCUGGGAGACAGUGAGGUGCACCCAGUCACAGCCUCCAAGCCUUCCUCCACCUGGCUGCUCAUGCAGCGGAUCCGCGCCGAGUCUGGCACGCGGGGGCUGUUUGCAGGGUUCCUGCCCCGCGUCAUCAAGGUGGCACCUGCCUGCGCCAUCAUGAUCAGCACCUAUGAAUUUGGCAAGAGCUUCUUCCAGAAGCUGAACCAGGAGCAGCAGCUGCGGGGAUUGUGAGCGGGCCUGGGGCAGGGCUGGAUGUGGCCGUGCCCAGGGGACAGUGCCAGCCCUGCUCCUGCCAGGUGUCCCAGGAGCGGCGAUCCGCACUCGGCUGUACAGAGCCCAAGUGCCUUCGUUCCUGCUCUGCCUCCCGCUGCCCGCACACGGAGCCAGGGCCAGCCUGGCCCCACUCCCUGUCCCAGCCACUCUGGGGGACAUCUGUGCCUGCUGCUGUGACACUGGGGGGGAUACGGAGCCCCCCGCACCCAUCCCUUGGGGCUGGACAGAUGCUGCUGUUGGAUUCAUGGACACUCUCGCAAGGAUGGGGUGUCCCAGGAGACUUGGCCUGGCAGGAGAUGGAGCUGGGGCUCUGGCAAGGACCAAACUCCAGACCUCGGGGGCUUCUCUGCCUGCCUGGGCCCCCCAGCCCUGCUCUGUCUGGGGAUCUGCCCCCCGACCAUCACUCACACACAGCCUCGCCUUGCUGGCUCUGCAUGGCAUGGGGACACGUCAGGACCCUCUCCCCGCCUCUGGACCUCUCCUCCCACUCGGGAUGUCACCAUCCCCGUCAGACCCUGCGUUGGACAGACCCUGUGUGGGGUCAGACCUCACUGCUGCUCUGGGGGGCCACUGUGGCACCCCUGCCCCAUCCUUUCACUGCAGGGGCCUGCCCCAGCUCUGCGGGCACUGCCCCCGUUACCCCGGGACUCAUGGAGGGAAUUUCUCCUAAUUUCUUAAAUAAAAUAAUUGUCUCUUA